AAAAAUGAUGAUAAUAUAAAUCCCAAAGACAAAACAAUAAUUGUUAUAGGUGCUGGAAUUUCGGGACUUGCAGCUUCUAAAAAAUUAAAAGAAAUCGGGUUUAAUGUUAUUGUUUUAGAAGCUCAGGAUAAAGUUGGAGGAAGAUUAAAAACGAAUAGAAGUUUAGGAAUUGCAUUUGAUGAAGGUGCAAGUUGGAUACAUGGUAUUGAUGGAAAUCCCAUUACAUCUUUAGCUCAAGAAGCUGGUAUGACAACCUUUGAAACCAUAGAUGAUCAGGCAGAAUCUUGUUAUGAUAUUGGUGAUUACUCGAAUGAUAAAAUUAAAAUUACGCAUAAUAGCAUAGAAAGUGAAGCCGACUAUGUUUUAGUAACUGUCCCACUUGGAGUAUUAAAAGCAAAUACAAUACAAUUUAUUCCUGCUUUGCCUACAGUUAAACAAACAGCAAUUCAAAAAAUAGGAAUGAAUUGUGUAAAUAAAUUUAUUCUAACUUGGAAUACACCUUUUUGGGAUAAUACUCAAUACAUUGUUUAUACUCCAGAAAUAAAAGAUAAAUUUAAUUACUUUGUAAACGUAAAUAAAUUUAAUCCUACUGCAAAUGCACUCAUGACUUUUGCUUAUGCCGAUUAUGCACGUCUAACAGAAACAAUGACGGAUGCACAAAUUAUUAAUGAAAUAAUGGUGCACUUAAAAGAUAUUUAUGGAAAUAACAUUCCUAAUCCAACAAAUAUUUUACGAACAAAAUGGCAAAAUAACGAAAACAGUUUUGGUGCAUAUUCUUACACAGCAGUAGGUGAACAUACAAAUGUUGAUUAUUUUUCUACUGCACAUGGCGCCUAUUUAAGUGGAUUAAGAGAAGCUGAUAAAAUUAUUGCAUUGCUU